GCUGGUGCAAAACUACAAGUCCCAGCAUGCCCUGACAGCGUGCGACUUUCAGGGCUUGCUUGCUGGGAGUUGUAGUUUUGCAGCAGGUUGCAGAUGGGGCGUGUAGUAAAUAACAGAGUGCCCGGAGUGGCAAUGCCCGUCUUUAUUAUGACAAGCUAUGAUUACAAUGCACAGCAGCGAUGCCUCUUCUGCCAGUCAGUCAGGUGACAGACAUGCAGGCGUGACGUCACCAGCCGGGUUGAGAGAAGGGGCGGAAGUGACGUUGUGAAGCACUCGGGUGACGUCGUUGCCCUCCCUGCGCCUGCUUCGUCACCGGUAGACUGAGUGAGGAGAGUUGGGAGAGGAGUGCAAGUCAGAGGCCGGCGCUGUAGUGACCCUGAGCGGAGGAGGACGCCGGCGGCAGAGGGGCAUCCCGUCAUGGGCACCAGGGAGGACAGAGCGGAGCAGCUGGGCUUCAGACCCCAGAAGGAGAUAGUGUAUAACCGCCUGCUGCCCUAUGCCGAGCGCCUGGACCGGGAGUCUAACGAGCUGCUGGCCCGGAUCAAGAGCAGCCUGGGCCGGGCCGUGCACCUCCGGGAGCUAUGGCCGGGGGUGCUGUUCUGGAGCAGAAAGCUGAACACGUAUAUACGACUGUUUGGCCGAAAAUUUAGCAAAGACGACCAUGUUCUCUUCGUGAAGCUGUUGUACGAAUUGGUGACUAUCCCCAAGUUGGAGAUCAGUAUGAUGCAGGGUUUCGCACGCUUGUUAAUCAGCCUUUUAAAAAAGAAAGAACUUCUUUCCCGAGAAGACUUACAGUUACCCUGGAGACCAUUGUACGACAUGCUGGAGAGAAUUCUGUACUCGAAAACGGAACACCUUGGUCUUAAUUGGUUUCCCAAUUCGUAUCGACCAGGCUUGUCCUCCACUAAAACAAUUGUGCUUAAUGUUUUACGUAGGUGCUCGGUAGAAGGUGUCCUGAAAACACUAGUGAAAGCCUGUCGACCUUAUUUUCCAGAUGAUGCAACAGCAGAAAUGCUUGAAGAAUGGCGGCCUUUAUUGUGUCCUUUUGAUGUAACCAUGCAAAAGGCUAUUAGCUAUUUAGAAUUAUUCUUGCCUACCUCCCUGCCUCCAGAACUUCACCAUAAAGGUUUUAGGCUUUGGUUCGAUGAAUUUAUGGGCCUAUGGCUUUCGGUUCAGAAUCUUCCACAGUGGGAAGGGCAUUUGGUGAACCUCUUUGCACGUUUAGCAAAUGAUAACAUCGGCUACAUUGACUGGGAUCCUUACGUACCAAAGGUUUUUACCAGGGUUCUACGUAGUUUAAACCUUCCUGUAGGAAGCAGCCAAGUGAUUGUUCCAAGACAGUUAGCGAAUGCUUAUGACAUUGGACACGCAGUAAUAUGGAUCACGGCAAUGAUGGGAGGACCGAGCAAGAUCGUGCAGAAACAUCUUACAGGGCUGUUCAAUAGCAUUGCCUCUUUCUAUCACCCGUCUAACAAUGGGAGGUGGCUGACAAAACUUAUGAAACUGCUGCAGAGACUGCCAUGCUGUGUUGUGCGAAGACUGCAUCGGGAGCGGUAUAAGAAGCCGUCCUGGCUGACCCCCGUGCCUGACAGCCACAAGCUGAGUGACCAAGACGUAACAGACUUUGUGCAGAGUGUAAUGCAGCCUGUUCUCCUGGCCAUGUUUAGUAAAACUGGAAGUCUGGAGGCAGCACAAGCCCUGCAGAAUCUUGCACUCAUGCGCCCGGAGCUUGUAAUUCCUCCAGUACUUGAAAGAACCUAUCCAGCUUUGGAAACAUUAACUGAGCCUCACCAGCUUACAGCAACUCUAAGUUGUGUCAUAGGGUUGGCACGCAGCCUGGUCGCUGGUGGCAGGUGGUUUCCAGAAGGCCCAACGCACAUGCUACCUCUAUUGAUGAGAGCGCUGCCCGGUGUGGAUCCUAAUGAUUUUAGUAAAUGUAUGAUCACAUUCCAGUUUAUUGCAACAUUUUCCACUUUGGUGCCUUUAGUUGACUGCUCUUCAGUACUUCAAGAAAGAAGCGAUCUGUCAGAGGUGGAGAGGGAACUGUGCUCGGCAAGUGCAGAGUUUGAAGACUUCGUGCUUCAGUUCAUGGACAGAUGUUUUGCCCUGAUUGAAAGCAGUGCUCUGGAACAAACACGAGAAGAGACAGAGACUGAGAAGAUGACCCAUGUUGAGAGUCUGGUUGAGCUGGGGCUGUCUUCAACAUUCAGUACAAUCCUUACUCAGUGUUCCAAAGAGAUUUUUAAGGUUGCCCUGGAGAAAGUUUUUAACUUUGCUGUGUCCAACAUAUUUGAGACAAGAGUCUCUGGCAGGAUGGUGGCAGAUCUGUGCCGUGCUGCAGUCAAGUGUUGCCCGGUCGAUUCACUGAAGCUCUUUCUGCCUCAUUGCUGCCAUGUUAUCACACAGCUCACUAGCAAUGAGGAUGUCCUCCAUGAGGAAGAAUUAGACAAAGAGCUGCUCUGGAACCUACAGCUCCUUUCUGAGAUAACCAGAGUGGAUGGGGAAAAAUUACUUCCCUACAAAGAUCAGCUUGUAAAGAUUCUCCAGCAGACCUUACACUUCACUUGUAAACAGGGUUAUACGUUGUCUUGUAACCUGCUGCACCAUCUCUUGAGAUCCAGCACUCUCAUCUACCCCACAGAGUACUGCAGUGUACCGGGUGGAUUUAAUAAACCGCUUUCUGAAUAUUUUCCAAUUAAGGACUGGGGCCAGGCCGGAGACCUGUGGAAUUUGAACAUCAAGUGGCAUGUUCCAUCAGCAGAGGAAAUUGAAUUUGCUUACUACCUGCUGGACAACUUUUUACGCCCAGAAUUGGAAAAACUAAAUUCUUAUGGAAGUGGAGAGCUUGAGAUGUCAAGGGAUGAUGUUCAGCAGUGUCUUACCAUUGUACAGAACUGUCUUACUGGCUCAGGGAACCUUCUUCCUCCUCUGAAAGGGGAGAGAGUAUCUCAUCUGGUAACAAGCUUGGUGUCUUUGGAUGAGACAAAACUUUUUACUGGCAUCGACUAUGAUUAUUCUAGGGAAAACUACAGAGAGUCCAUUGCAAAAACACUCAGGAAACUCUUGCACUACAUUCUUGACAACUCAGAAGAUGAUACGAAGUCUUUAUUUCUGAUAAUAAAGAUAAUCAGUGACCUCCUGCAGUUUCAAGGAUCCCACAAACAUGAGUUUGACUCAAGAUGGAAGAGUUUUACUUUAGUCAAAAAAUCUAUGGAAAAUCGGCUCCAAGGAAAGAAGAGACACAUCAGAGCACUAUUGAUUGACAGAGUCAUGCUGCAGCAUGAGCUAAGAACAUUGACUGUAGAAGGAUGUGCAUACAAAAAAGUGCAUCAGGACUUGGUGCGAGACCUUCUGCGUCUCUCGACAAGCUCAUACGGUCAGGUCAGGAGCAAAGCUCAACAAGCAUUUUUCACAGCUCUGGGAACCUAUAAUUUCUGCUGCCGAGAUAUCAUUCCUCUCGUACUUGAAUACCUUCGUCCGGACAGACAAGAUGUGACUCAGCAACAGUUCAAAGGUGCCUUGUAUUGUCUGCUUGGAAACCAUGGUGCAGUCUGCCUAGCUAACCUUCAUGACUGGGAGUGCAUUGUCCAGACAUGGCCAGCAAUAGUUUCAUCAGGUGUCAGCAAAGCAAUGUCUCUAGAAAAGCCGUCCAUAGUUCGCCUUUUUGACGAUUUGGCUGAGAAGAUCCAUCGGCAGUAUGAAACAAUUGGCUUGGAUUUUUCUGUCCCAGAGAGUUGCAUACAGAUUGCUGUUCUACUGCAACAUUCACAGAACCCUUCUACCAAUGCAGAACUGCCUCAAGCAGACCAGCUAAGUCUAGCACUGAAGAGGCAAGAGGAAAAGAACGCAGAGUCUGUAAGGAACUAUGAACGUUUAAUCGAUAAGUUACUUGACUGUGUAACUGAGAGAAACCUUCCAUGGAAGUUUGAACACAUUGGCAUUGGCUUUAUGUCCUUGCUCUUGAGAGAUGACUAUAUCCUACCUCUUCGUGCGAUCAGAUACCUGGUGCAGUGUCUGAAUCAUGAUGCUCUUGUGGUGCGCAAGAUGGCAAUCUCCACUGUUGUUGGGAUUCUGAAGCAGCUGAAGAGACCUCAUAUUAAAGUGCCCAUUUGUCCAUACGAAAUCAGUGAAUGUCCCAAACCUGACACCAUCAUGGGUGGAGACCGACCCGACAACACGUGGAUACAUUAUAACAGUGCCAGCCUACCAAAGACAAGAGAAGUGUGGGAGACCAGCUGUUUUGUGGAGAAGACCCACUGGGGCUAUUACACCUGGCCUAAAACCUUGUUAGUGUACGCACCUGCUGACCAACAGCCAACACUUGGAAGACCUAGAGAGGCAAUGUCUGAAGCAGAACAAAUCAUAUACGAUCAUUUCACGGACGAAAAAUUCAUUGAGCAGCUCAUUACAUUUCUGUCUUUAGAAGAUCGAAAGGGGAAGGACAAAUUUAACCCACGCAGGUUUUGUCUUUUUAAGGGUCUCUUCAGGAACUUCGAUGAUGCUUUCUUGCCGGUCCUUACACCCCACCUGGAGCGUUUGGUGCAGGACUCACAUGAAAGCACACAAAGAUGUGUGGCUGAAAUUGUUGCAGGAUUAAUCAGAGGAUCCAAACAUUGGACAUUUGAAAAGGUUGAAAAUGUAUGGACAUUUUUGUGCCCACUACUGAGAACAGCAUUCGCCAACAUCACAGUGGAAACAUACAGCGACUGGGGAACGUGUGUUGCAACUUCAUGUGAGAGCAGAGAUCCUCGGAAACUUCAUUGGUUGUUCGAGCUUCUGUUGGAAUCUCCAUUGAGCGGAGAAGGUGGCUCCUUUGUUGAUGCUUGCCGAUUAUAUGUUCUUCAGGGAGGUCUGGCACAGCAGGAGUGGCGGGUUCCUGAGUUGCUUCACAGACUGCUGACGUAUCUAGAACCUAAAUUAACCCAAGUCUACAAGAAUGUCCGAGAGCGGAUCGGAAGUGUGCUGACUUACAUAUUCAUGAUUGAUGUCACUCUGCCAAACACUGCUCCCACCAAAUCUCCUCGCAUUUCUGAAUUUACUGCACGUGUACUUGAGAAGUUGAAGCCCCUCAUGGAGGCAGAUGAAGAGAUCCAAAACCAUGUGAUGGAAGAAAACGGAGUCGGGGAGCAAGAUGAGAGGACCCAGGGCAUCAAAUUGAUGAAAACCAUAUUGAAAUGGAUUAUGGCAAGUGCAGGAAGAUCUUUUUGUACUGCAGUGCCGGAGCAGCUGCAACUUCUACCACUCCUGUUCAAGAUUGCACCGGUAGAAAAUGACACCAACUAUGAUGAGCUGAAAAGAGAUGCAAAAAUGUGCUUAUCUCUGAUGUCUCAAGGGUUACUCUACCCCGAGCAGGUGCCGUUGGUUGUCGAUGUAUUAAAACAAACAGCAAGAAGUAGUUCUUGGCAUGCAAGAUACACAGUCUUGACCUAUACUCAGACGAUGGUAUUCUACAAUCUCUUUAUAUUCCUUAAUAAUGAAGAAACUGUUCAAGGCAUCAGGCGGCUGGUUCUACAGCUGAUGGCGGACGAGCAACUGGAGGUCAGAGAAAUGGCCACCACAACGCUCAGUGGUCUUUUACAAUGCAACUUUCUGACAAUGGAUGCAGCUAUGCAAGCACACUUUGAGCAGCUCUGCAAAACAAGACUGCCCAAAAAACGCAAGAGGGACUUGGGUACCGCGGUGGACACCAUACCUUCAGGAGAUCUGGUUAAACGUCAUGCUGGAGUUCUUGGGCUCAGUGCAUGCAUUUUAUCCAGUCCAUAUGAUGUCCCUACCUGGAUGCCACAGCUCCUAAUGGAUCUUAGUGCACAUCUCAAUGAUCCUCAGCCCAUAGAGAUGACUGUAAAGAAAACCUUAUCUAAUUUCCGAAGGACGCACCAUGACAAUUGGCAGGAACACAAGCAGCAGUUCACAGAUGACCAGUUAGUGGUACUGACUGAUCUCCUGGUAUCUCCUUGCUACUAUGCAUAACAGUGCACCAUAUACAGGGAAGUAUCUGUACCAUGUGAAGGGCCCAGACCCAUCUCAGAAGUUUUAAUUUGAGGCAUCCAGCCGCCAAGUGUGCAGUUCUUCUUUAUUUUUUUUUAUUUUUUUUUCCGUUUUAUUUUUUAUUUUAUUUUUUUUUUCAAUGGUAAACCACAAUAAAAGAAGCAUCUGGGCUAUUUUAAUGGAUGGAUGACACUUGUGCUUGAACACGACUGACGUAUCAGAAUGCAGAAUGAUGUUAUUAAGCGGCUAUGUUGCCACAAACCACAAGGACUCAAUAAGACUUUAUUUUAUUUAAUUUUUUUUUUCAGAUGUGUUAAAUAACUGUAUAAAAAAAAAAAAAAAAAAAAAAAAAGUAAGACAGUAGUGAAACAUUGUACAGGUUUCAACCUUUUACAUGAAUUGACAGCCUUGUUUCUAAAGAGCAGCGCUGCAGACAUCCAAGCUAGGUUUCAGCUUUGUAUCAAGUGACCAUGCCAUAUUUUUGUGUUUUUAAAUUAUUUCUAUUAUUUUGCUCUUAGUUUGAAGCACUUCCAUGGGUUUUAUGGAAUGUAUGCAUGUCUGUGUGUCUAUAGCAUGUGUAUAUAUAUAUAUAUGUACACAUGGAGAUAGACAUACGACCGUACAUAACAUCUGCAUAAUUUUUUGCAGCUUAUUUCUGUGCUAUACUCCUGUCGCUGAUAUCUUACUAGGUGACAUUUUUUUUUUUUAGCAAGGUACUUUAUACAUGGAGAUGAUUCUCAUUUUUGGCAAACGCAUCUUCCCUCUGUAAAGAUGUGUACUGUGUUCCUUGAAGGAAUGCCGUUAUUUUUAUUGCCUACCUGCUGAGCAAGUGACCCCGUGAUACUUUGAAGCACAGCAGAGACCCUAGUGCAGGAUUUCUCAGCACACAGGUGUAACCACUGUAUAGCGUAGUGCCAAAUCCGUGCGAUCAGUUGUACACUUAGUUUAUUUUAAAACCAAAUAAACUGAUUGUUUCUAACUAUUGUUUCUCUUCAGUUUUGUCUAUUCUACAUGCAGUUGUGGGAAAUGAACAAGGCUUUUACUAUUUCUGUGUUUGUUUAAUUAUUAUUA